AUGAUACUCAUUCGUCGACGAUUACAGUUUUUUUUUCAUGAAAUUCGUCGUACAUUAAUAGCUGAACGUAUUCCACAAUAUAAAGAACGUUCAGCUUUAUUACCUGGUGGUUUAAAUACACCAUUUCCAAUUGUUGUUGAACCCGAUAUUGAUUUAGAAUUAUUAUUUAAAAGUCAUGAACAAUUACAAGAAAAUCUUCAACAAAGACAUUGGAUUGUUGAUGUUAAAAAAGUCGAACAUGAUUAUCAAGUUUGGAAAAACUUAAAUAAACAAAUAGCUGAAGCAACAGCACGACGAACACGGCCUGAAGAAUUACAUCAAUGGAGUGAACAAUUAUAUUCUCUUAAUGCAAAAUUUCUUGUUGCAUGUUUACGUUUACCAGCACCAUUACAUGGUGCUGUACCUGAAACAGGAACACGAAAAUUAUUAUAUGAAUAUGGUAGUCAAAGAAAAUCAAGUUUAACAAUGAGAUCAUGGCGUGAUUUAGCCGAAGUAACAUCGCUUGAUGUUGCACCAUUUUCAUCAUUUGCAUUUGGGGAAUUUGCUCAAUUAGAAUAUAUUUUAUUAAAUUAUUUUAAUAAGAGUCUUGAUGCAUAUAAUAUACAAAUGUGUUCAACGGUUAAUAUUGUUAAAUCAUUUGUUAUUGAAGCAUUUGGUUAUCAUUUUUCUGAUAUUAAAAAUGUAUUUAACAUUGUUGCUGAAAACGAUGAUGAUGAAAAUAAUGUUGAACUUUUACAUUUAUUUGGAACAUCAACACCACUUGGAAUAGUAUCACCUUUUAUACGUACAAAUUUUCCAAAGGAUAUUUUACCUUAUUAUGUUUAUUCUAUUGGACGAAAUUAUAAUCCGCAUUCAGGACAAUCAUCAUGUAUUGAAUUACUCGCAUUCUCAAAUGAACAUUCACAACAUUUACUUCUUGAUGAUCACCAUAAAGCUGGUGAUGAACGAGCAAAAAAUUUUGAAGAUAUGCUUAAAAAAUCUAUAUCAAGUUCAGGAACAAUAAAUCCAAAUGAAGUAAAUUUAAAAUCAAAUUCUAUUGAUUUUAUUUAUAUUCAAUUAGCUACUAUUAUAACUAGUUUUUAUCAUCGACUAAAUUUACCAUUACGUGUAUGUCUUUCACCAACAUAUGAACUUUUAUCAUAUGAAUCAUUACGUUUAACUAUUGAAGUUUAUCUUCCAUCACAAAUAGAUUAUGUACGUGUUGGAUCUGUUUCAUUAAUUGAUGAUUAUCUUGCUCGAAGACUUAUGAUUAAACAUAAUUCAGAUAAUAAAAGUUAUGUUGCUAUGAUACAUGCACGUGUUGCUGAUGUAUCACAAUUAUCGAAAUGCGUUUUAGAAGCUUCACAAACAAUUGGUAGAGGAAUUAAACUACCAUCAGUACUAGUAAAUCGGUAA